CUUCUCCUCUUCUCCUUCGGCCGUGGCCCCCUUUCACCACCACAGCCCCUCCUCCACUUUAUCUGCACUGCCUCCCUCCCUAUCAAAAUCAACCAAAACCCACAUCCCAAUUCCUACAAAAUUACAAGUCCAUAUUCCAAAACCGGCCAGAAAGUCGCCUUUCUCAUCAAAGCGUUGGCUUUAGCUGCAUUGUUGAAGGUCUACAAGUACAGACAAUUUUUGCAUCCAAACGUCAUCUUAGCUCUCUACUGUUGCCACGUGUACCUCGCCGCUGAACUUAUCCUGGCCCUGGCUGCAGCCCCGGCUCGAGCCAUCGGCCUGGAGCUCGAGCCACAGUUCAAUGAACCCUACCUCGCAACUUCUCUACAAGAUUUCUGGGGGCGUAGGUGGAACCUCAUGGUAAGCAGUAUCCUGCGCCCCACCAUAUACUUUCCCAUCCGUCGUUUUACGGCGAGUAGACUUGGGCCCAGGUGCUCACAUCUCCUGGCAAUGCUCGCGGCCUUUACAGUCUCGGGCCUCAUGCACGAGGUAAUUUACUACUACCUCACGCGAGUGACUCCCACGUGGGAAGUCACGUGGUUCUUCGUGCUACAGGGGGUGUGCACCGCCGCGGAGGUGGCGGCCAAGAAGGCGGCAGCAGGAAGGUGGCAGUUUCCCCCGGCGGUCACCAGGCCGUUGACGGUUGUGUUCGUGGCCGUCACCGGUUUUUGGCUGUUCUUCCCGCAGCUGUUAAGGAACCACGUGGAUGUUAAGACCAUUGGGGAGUACUCAAUUUUGAUUGAUUUUGUCAAGGAGAAAACGCUACUGCCACUGUCCUUGUAUUUGCAAUGAUAUAUUAUUUGAUGACUAUGUCUUACAGAUAGGCAGGCAUGACCUGUCAUUUUAUUAGUAUAUUUUUGGUGGAUGGAGGCUUUCAA